AGUUUAACGCUACAGGCUCCGUGAAGCUGCACACUCGUGGAUGUCUGGACACCGACCUGUGCAACAAGACCCUGACCGGGACCCUCAUCGGCGCUGGCUACACCAGCACCUUCACCUGCUGCACCUCAAACCUUUGCAACGGGGCCACGUCCGUGCAGCUGCCUCUGAUGGUGGCGCUGCUGAGCGCCCUCCUGUCCUCGCUGUGGGGCAUGUGAACAAACAGGAAACGAUCUUCAAUGACUGAUUGAUUGGCAAUUCUGUAAAAAAAAAUGAAGUAAAUUCUCUUGUUUUAUGUAUUUAACACACAAAAAAUAUCUCAAUCUAAUAAACUUAAAGUCUGUUA